AACUAGUGGUUACCGUCAGCGAUAUUUUUUUUCCUAGGAUGGCGAAGUCAUGACCCGCCCUACUCUGCUUCUGAUUGGAUUAUCUUCAUAUUCGUAUCCUAACUCUAACCAAUCUCAUUCCUCAUGUCUAAACCGAACAGAUCCAACCAAUGAAUGCAGUGAGUAUUAGCCAAUCAGAGACAGAGUAGGGCGGGUCAUGAUUUCACCUUCCUAGGGGAAAAAUGGCUUACCGUCAACUGCCAGUUGAACACAAAGUGUAGAGGACGAAGAAGAAACUGCUUUGGAAACACGCUGCAUUGCUUCAUGGACGUGAAAGUGUGAUAAAGGUGAUGUUGCCAUGUUAGCAAGAACAGUAAAGUUACAAAGUUCAACCUGCAGCACACCAGAAAAAAGUGCGAUCGUUUGUAGUGUUUGGUCGACAGCAUGGCUCAAUAUACUCGCGUUUCUGGGUCUGUUGGAUUGAUUUCUCUCAGGAAUCCUCCUGUCAACGCACUCAGUUCGGUGGUGAGGCAGGGCAUUGUUGACACGGUGAAGAGAGCUCUCAGCGACCCAGAGGUGAAGUCUGUUGUCAUCUGUGGACAUAAUGGAAUAUUCUGUGGAGGAGCCGACAUCAAGGAGUUUGGGACCACCAUGUCUGGGCCUCCGCUGGUACCGAUGAUCCACGCUGUAGAGGCUGCAGACAAGCCGGUGGUGGCAGCCAUAGAGGGACUUGCUUUAGGUGGAGGUCUUGAGUUGGCGCUUGGCUGUCAUUAUCGAAUUGCACACUCCAAAGCCAGACUGGGGCUUCCAGAGGUGAGUCUGGGUCUGCUGCCAGCUGCAGGGGGAACCCAGCGAUUGCCAAGACUCAUCGGGGUCCCAGCAGCCUUAGACCUCAUCACCACAGGCCGCCAUAUCACUGCUGCUGAGGCGCUGACACUUGGAAUAGUGGAUCAGGUUACUGAUCAGAACACUGUGGAUGCAGCUGUGAAGUUUGCCCUGAGUGUUGCAGAACAAUCGCUGGAUGCCCGUCGUAUAAGCACCAACCCGUGUCCUCGCCCUUCUGACUUGGAUGCUCUGUUUGAGGGGGUGAUGCAGAAAGUGCGUCAGACUGCCCGUGGUGCCAUAGCACCAGUUGCGUGUGUCCAGGCAGUGCGGGCAGCUGCCACCCUGCCCUACACUCAGGGCAUGGAGCGGGAGCAAGAGCUGAUGGCCACUCUCUUCAACUCAGGACAGGCUCGUGCUCUGCAGUACUGUUUCUUUGCUCAGAGAGCCGUUGGCAGGUGGAGCAUGCCUAGUGGAGCCCGCUGGGACACGAGCAAGCCCAGGCCCAUCCGUAAAGCAGCUGUCAUUGGUCUCGGCACAAUGGGGAGAGGUAUAACGGUAGCCCUUGCUCAGACAGGGUUGUUUGUUGUCGCCGUGGAGACCCAGGAGAAGCAGCUGAUGGAGGCAAAGCAGGCAGUAUCAGGGAUGUUGGAGCGGGGAGCUAAGAGACGUGGGGUGGCUCCUGUGCUCAACCUGGUCUCUUACAGCUCUAACCUCCAGGCUGUAGCAGAUGCUGACCUGGUCAUCGAGGCUGUUUUUGAGGACAUGGCCCUGAAGAAGAAGGUCUUCCAGCAGCUGUCUGCUGUUUGUAAACCGGGCACUUUCCUGUGCACCAACACGUCUGCACUAGACAUAGACCACCUGGCCUCUCAAACCCGCAGUCCAGAGCUUGUGGUUGGGAUGCACUUCUUUGCCCCGGCCCAUGUCAUGAAGCUGCUGGAGGUGGUGUAUGGACCACGCUCCUCUCCUGAAGCCGUUGCCACUGCCAUGCAUCUGGGAAAGAAAAUGGGCAAGGUCAGUGUGGCUGUUGGCAAUUGCAGGGGAUUCGUGGGGAAUCGCAUGCUGAAGCCAUACCUGGAACAAGCCUUCUUCCUAUUGGAGGAGGGCGCCACACCUGAGUUGGUAGAUCAAGCCCUGGAGGAGUUCGGUUUUGCCAUGGGUGUGUUCAGAAUGUCCGACCUCUCUGGGCUCGAUGUGGGCUCGAAGAUCAGGAAGGCAUCAGGGCAGCCAGCGUCCAACAGAGUCCAACAAGGCCACCGGUACAGCCCCCUGGGAGACCUGCUUUGUGAGCAGGGACGGUUCGGUCAGAAAACAGGCCGGGGAUGGUACCAGUAUGACAAACCCGGCAGUCAGGUAGCCAGGUCUGACCCAUGGGUGCACUGCUUUCUGGAGGAGUACAGAGCCCGGCACGGCCUGGUGGCACGGCGCAUAGACCACCAGGAGGUGCUGGAGCGCUGCCUUUAUAGCCUGAUCAACGAGGGCUUCCGCAUCCUGGAGGACGGAAUAGCUGCAGGACCUGGAGACAUCGAUGCAAUCUAUGUGUUUGGCUACGGCUGGCCCAGGUACCGGGGAGGUCCGAUGUUCUACGCUGGCAUGGUGGGGCUAGAGAGGGUCCUGGAGAGGCUAGAGCACUACCACCAGGCUCACCCUGAUGUGCCUUACCUGCAGCCCUGCGGCCUGCUCAGGAGGCUGGUGGCCAGCGGGAGCCCGCCUAUCCACAAGUGGAGUGAAGUCAUCAGGAAAGUCCACAGCCAGCUUUAAAACAACAUUUCAGCUUUAAUCUCUUAAUACACCUCAAUAAUCAUGAUCUCAUACUGUGAUAAACAGAAAAUGGACUGCACUUAAAUUGUGCUUUUCAACCUAGUAAUACUCACUGAUUUCUUAUUUAUUGUGAUCAUUGGUGAUGUUAAAGACGGCUGCUGUGCUUUCUGUGAUUAAUAAUCAUAAUAUCUGAACUGCCAUGUGUGCCUACACUGAGUUGCCAGUUUAUUAAGUACAGCUGAACAAUCUUGUGUAAUCCAAAACAGCAGCCCUGCAAUAAAUUGUAUCUUUGUGAAGCUUGUAAAGUUAAUUCUCUUGUGUAUGUAAACAGGGUGGAGAAAAUGCUAUUAAUAAACUGCAGUCCAGUAGCUAUAACACAAACCACUACAAACCUCUUCCUCAAAAAUGACUGAGCUGAAUAAACACGUCUCUGUCCGUCUCAACAAAACUUAACAUAAUAUGAUCCACAAAAAAAAAUUCUAGCAAAAAUGAUGACCAUUCAUUGAUUCCAGCUUCUUAAUUUACUGCUUUUCUGUGGUUUUUAUCAUUGUAAAUAAAAUAUUUUAUUUACAAUAUUUUGGACUAUUAGUUGGACAAAACAAGACAUUUGAGAAUGUCACGUUGCACUUUGGGAAAAUAUAACAGCUAUUUUUCACAGUUUUCUGACAAACAAACCAUAAAUUGAUUGUCAGUUGCAGCCCUAAUUGCAGAGCUGUUGUAUUGGAGUGCAUUCAAAAUUACAGCUGUACUUAAUACAAUACCUCUUUGUGAAGUAGAAAAAAUAAGCAUUAUCUGUCAGGGUGUGUGAUUGAAAUACACUGAUGGGGAAUUUUACUCUGAUGUGCAGGGGAUUUCUAUAAAGACGUGUGACCACAAUCUGCAGGUUAACCUUGAAUAAAACACUAAUUAUUUGCAACCUUUCUACUGAUCUUCUUACAAUAAGCUUGUUCAGGUUUAAAUAAAUGCUUUGUAAUAAAUAUGAAUGUACUUUUAUACUGUAUGUAUCAUCUCAUAUGUCAUCUGCUGCCUCAGUAAAGAUGUCAUAUACUCA